AAUCAAACCAACGCGCUUUGAGCUAAGUUUUGAAAAGUUAAAAUUAAAAGAAGCUUUUGUUGGAACAGUCAGAGUUGAAAAUCCCAAAAUCGACAUGGAAGAUGAAAGAAUGGACGAGUUCCAAAUUGAUGAUUUUCCGAACGAGAUUCUGGGGAUGAUCUUGGACCGACUUCCGUUCGCCGAUCUGCUCCGUGCAUCUCACGUUUGUGGGCGCUGGAGCGCAGUUGUGGCCACUUUUUGCAGUCACCGUGUUCUGCUGCGCAUCAGAACCAACGAAAGGGUGGAAAUGCUGAGUCGAUUCCGCCAUCCCAAGCACGUGGCAAUCAAUUUUGAGCUUGGAUUUGUGCUUCACCGCGUCAUGGAGUGGGUGCGUUGGCUGCGGGAGGUGGCGUCGACCCUGGAGACGUUGGACAUCACAGUUGGAAAUCUUAAUCUGUUGGAAGAAGUGGAACUCACAAAUCUCCUGGAACUUGAGUUGAGUAUUGGCCGCUACGUGGAGCUGGAGAUGUCUGACACUGAGCAGGUCGACCUUCUCAACCAGUUCUUGGGUUGCCUCAAGCGACUGAAAGUGGCCGUAAUAAGUGCAUCUGGUAGGGUGAUGUCCAAAAUAUCACGCUGUAUCUACUCAUUGAGAAACAUCGAAUACCUCACGCUCGCACCGACCAGCCGCUACGCCGUGCAAAUUGCAGACUUAUGUGUCAUGACCAACCUCGACCAAUUGAAAAUUUUGGAUUGUGGAGUAGUCGACUACCCUCCGGAAAACUUCAUACGAUCCCUGCCCAUGCGACUUGAAGCCCUUACAUUGAACGAGCUCGACGUUAGGGACGUUUCCAGGCUGCAAAUGUUGUUCCACAACGUCCUCAAUUUGGAAAUCAUUCAACCAAUAUCCGGCGAUUGCCUCCACCAGAUCGCCAUCUCGUGGCCCACGCUUGACCGACUGUCCAUCAAAGUCACACGGCUGGCCGGGGUGACGCAGGACCUGCGCCGUUUGCCGGACCUACGCACACUGGUGCUGCACCAUGUCGGCCAAAGAGCGUUCAGCCUGCGGUCCAGCUUCCGGCUGCUAAACUCACUGCUCCGCAUCAGAUCGCUCGAGAUGUUGGUCAUCUUCGGCCACGGAGAUUUCAGCGUUCCGGACCGGAACCCGAGCUGCGAGAUUUUCCUGAACGAUCGACAGUUGUCUCGUUGAAGGUCGCCUCAAGUGGCACUU